AUGGCCAUGCAGCCCUUGGGACCUGAAAAGGGUCACUUGAAGUGGCCAAUGCAAUGCAAAGUGCAAUCAAACAAACUUAUGCAAGUGCAAUCAAACAAACUUAUGGUGGUGACCCUCGAGGUCCCUUUCCUGGGCGGUUUGCCACAAGCCACAGCGCAUGACACCUCGCCCCACCGCUUUAUAGCGCCACCCCACCCUCGUCUCUCCCCAGCACACAUCCUCCUCCACUCCAAUCAACCUAGUACAUCCUCGCUUCUCCUUGAGCUCUUGCGAGCUCGGAGCUCCUCGCAACUGCCGCCGAUCAGCCUGCGCUCAGCGCUGGAAGGUGAGCUUUCAGUGCCUCACCCCGAGUCUGGUUCUUGUGUGGCUCUGACUGUGGCUGUGGUUGUGCGCUGCAUAAAUUUUGCAUUUGGAUUAGUGUCUUCUAAGAUGCAAUUCCGAGAGUUUCGGGGGCAAAGAGUAGGCGUUUCUGAGACUACUUUCUUCGAGCUGCAAGGUCGCUUGUUGUGGCAUUUUCGUUUCGGUUGUCCGAUGUAUCGGGCUAAGAGAGCUGCAUUGUCACCAAAGGUGAAGCGCCGUGUUGGGAAGUAUGAGCUCGGACGCACCAUUGGGGAAGGAACCUUCGCAAAGGUCCGGUUUGCUAGGAACACUGAAAACCAGGAACCUGUUGCUAUCAAAAUCUUUGACAAGGAGAAAGUUCAGAAGCACAGAUUGGUUGAACAGAUCAAGCGUGAAAUUUGUACCAUGAAAUUAGUAAUUCAUCCUAAUGUUGUUCGACUAUUUGAGGUGAUGGGCAGUAAAUCAAAAAUUUUCAUCGUUCUGGAAUAUGUUACAGGUGGAGAGCUUUUUGAAAUCAUUGCUACUAAUGGAAGGUUGAAGGAGAACGAAGCACGCAAAUACUUCCAGCAACUGAUUAAUGCCGUUGAUUACUGCCACAGUAGGGGAGUGUAUCACAGAGACUUGAAGCUAGAGAAUUUGCUGCUUGAUGGUAAUGGAAAUCUCAAAGUUUCUGACUUUGGUUUAAGUGCUUUAACUGAGCAAGUGAAGGCUGAUGGUCUGCUUCAUACAACAUGUGGAACCCCCAAUUAUGUUGCCCCGGAGGUGAUCGAGGAUGGAGGCUAUGAUGGUGCAACUGCAGAUGUCUGGUCUUGUGGAGUAAUCCUCUUUGUUCUUCUUGCUGGAUAUUUACCUUUCGAGGAUGACAACAUCAUCGCCCUAUACAAGAAGAUUUCAGAAGCUCAGUUUAGCUGCCCCUCUUGGUUUUCGGCUGGAGCCAAGAACCUGAUUACCAGAAUUCUUGAUCCCAAUCCUAAAACUAGGAUCACUAUUUCUCAGAUACUGGAAGAUCCUUGGUUCAAAAAGGGGUACAAGCCUCCUGUUUUUAACGAGAAAUAUCAAACUAGCUUGGAUGACGUGGAUGCUGCUUUUGGAGAUUCAGAAGACCAGCAUGUGAAAGAGGAAACUGAAGAUCAGCCAACCUCAAUGAAUGCAUUUGAACUGAUUUCACUAAACCAGGCACUGAAUCUGGAGAAUUUGUUUAAAGCAAAGGAGGAGUAUAAAAGAGAGACAAGAUUCACCUCACAGUGUCCCCCUAAAGAGAUAAUCACAAAGAUUGAAGAAGCUGCAAAGCCGCUUGGCUUUGAUGUUCAGAAGAAAAAAUACAAAAUGCGGAUGGAGAACCCGAAAGCAGGUAGAAAAGGCAAUCUAAAUGUUGCAACUGAGGUUUUUCAAAUAGCCCCAUCCCUACAUGUAGUUGAGCUCAAGAAGGCAAAGGGGGAUACUCUGGAAUUCCAAAAGUUCUACAGAAGUCUGUCAACCCAACUGAAGGAUGUUGUGUGGAAGUGCGAUGGUGACGUGGACGGCAACAUCACGGCAGCAUGA